AUCAUCGAUACACGCCGUGCCCCAACAAUCCUGGCAGCGCUAAUAAAACCAACAGGAGCGCCAACACACAAACCUAAAGCCAGAGAGAGAGACAUACACAAACCUCAACAAUCAUGGCUACCGAAGACAACAAGGGUCAGGAGGAGCUCCUCGACUACGAGGAAGACGAGGAGGCGUUGGUGGACGCCAAGGCCGGGGACGACGCCGGGGCCGGCGGCAAGGACGGCGCGGGGGCGGCCGGCGGCGGCGGCAGCGGGCCGAAGAAGGGGCACUACGUGGGCAUCCACGCCUCCGGCUUCAGGGACUUCCUUCUCAAGCCCGAGCUUCUCCGCGCGGUGGUGGACUGCGGUUUCGAGCACCCGUCCGAGGUGCAGCACGAGUGCAUCCCUCAGGCCAUCCUGGGUGUGGACAUCGUGUGCCAGGCCAAGUCCGGUAUGGGAAAGACGGCGGUGUUUGUGCUGGCCACCCUCCACCAGCUCAACCCCCAGCCCGGAGAGGUGAGCUGCCUGGUGCUGUGCCACACGCGCGAGCUGGCGUGGCAGAUCGCCCGCGAGUACGAGCGUUUCUGCAAGCACCUCCCCGAGGUGAAGGUGGCGGUGCUGUACGGCGGCCUGCCCGUGCAGAAGCAGCGCGAGAUGCUCAAGAACGACACUCCGCACAUCGUGGUUGGCUGCCCCGGGCGCGUGAUGCAACUGGUGCGGGAGGGAGACCUGAAGGUGGACAAGCUGCAGUACUUCGUCCUCGAUGAGUGUGACAAGAUGCUGGACCAGAAGGACAUGCGCGCCCAGGUGCAGGAGAUCUUCUUCAAGACGCCGCACACGAAGCAGGUCAUGAUGUUCUCCGCCACGCUCAGCCCGGAGGUCCGCCCCAUCUGCCGCAAGUUCUGCCACGAGAAGCCGAUGGAGAUCUACGUAGACGACGAGACGAAGCUGACCCUGCACGGUCUCCAGCAGUACUACAUCAAGCUCGCGGAGACGGAGAAGAACCGCAAGCUGAACGACCUGCUCGACCUCCUGGACUUCAACCAGGUGGUAAUCUUCUGCUCGAAGGUGGAUAGGGCUGUGGAGCUGGACCGCCUCCUGAACCUCUGCAACUUCCCGUCCCUGGUGAUCCACUCCCGCCUCAAGCAGGAGGAGAGGACAAACCGCUACAAGCAGUUCAAGAACUUCGAGAAGCGCAUCCUGGUGGCCACUGACCUCUUCGGCCGCGGCAUCGACAUCGAGCGCGUGAACAUCGUGGUGAACUACGACUUCCCCGAUGGCGACGACGGCUCCGACCAGUACCUCCACCGUGUGGGCCGCGCAGGACGGUUCGGCACCAAGGGUCUGUCUAUCUCGUUCGUAUCGACGGAGUCUGACGCCAAGAAGCUGGAAGAAGUGCAGUCUCGGUUCGAGGUGGACAUCCCCGAGCUGCCGGACACGAUCGAGACAAGCACGUACAUGCAGGCAGCAACUUGAAAUUUUACAACAUGAUCAUAAAAUGUUUUUAGAAAAACUGGGGGUAAGAACCGCGUGGAUGGGAAGGAUCACAAAGAACGGCGACACACAGAAACGUUACCGGUUCGGUCGAAACGGCAGAUGGUGGGGGUGGGGAGCGGCCUUGUGAUAGUUUUCGAGAAUCGAGUGCUGGGUGUCUGUCGUCAUUUGCUCUGUUGUCGGAGGGAGUCCUUCUAGACGAAUGAUGCUGUGCCAUUAGGCCGAUAUACCGGUGUAGUGUCUGGCCGCAGCAGUACAUGUACCAGCAAACACCGAGCACGAGCAAGAGCCCAUCGCUCAAUGAAAAGCCUCGAGUUGAGCUUGGAGUAGGAACCAAAGAGACCGGGGGAGGGGGGAGAUGGUAAUGACUCUCGAACUCCUGAAACGAUAGACGUGGGCUUGUACAGCUGACGAGGACGGGGCGGCCUGGCAAGGACUUGCGCAUGUAUCGGUGGCAAUGUUGCAGAGGUUUUUCCGGUCUUCUUUGCCGUUGCCAGCUGUUUUUUGGUGGUUUUCCAUAGGACGACACGAUCAGGUUAGUCUCUCCGAGCAGAAGGCAGACGGUGGCCUCGAAAUCUCCGAGCGUUCAUUAAUGACGGGAAGGUCGCCGCUUCCGUACCUUGUUUUUAGUAUCGCGUGUGGUAUCGUGCACUGUAGCAAGUAGUGGCGUGCUCCAUCUGUGUUGAGUUGUGGCUGCUGACAACAGCAACGCCAGAGGGAUAAAAAAACAAAAUAAUGCACGCGGAGAUCGCCAAUCGAAAAGGGCACAGAGGGUGGAGGCUCUGCGUCUCUACACGGGUAUUAGUUUAUGCGUUCUCAGCCGCAGAAGAACUGGUUACAGCAGUGGGG